AACACAUGUGAGCAGCCCAGUCAAUUGGCAGGGCUGUGACUGCACGGGACUCCCAGCGGCGCAGUCUGGCCCCAUGGCCUGCAAGGCAACAUACAGCAACGUCGACAUCAUUGAACCAGGACAGGAGGACCCAUGGGGUUCUGAGCCAAGGGCGAAGGCAGCUGUCAGCGAUGUGUACACCGAAGAGGAGAGCCAAUAUGAGGCUGUCGACCCAGCUGUUGGAGCAAGGAGGAGGCAGACGGAGCAGCAGGAGGCUCGGGCUCCAGAGUGGGAGUGGAGACGGGGCCGGAGGUGGAUUUUGGCCUGCACGACUGGCCUGGGAGUCUCUGUGCUGCUGAACCUGCUGCUCCUCACACUUGGUGUUGUCCGAUACAUGGAGAUGGCCAGUGCCCUUGAGAGAAUGCAAGUGGAGAACCAGCUGCUCCGGGAUGUGGCCUCCGGUUCCUUCCUGAUCUACAGUGAGUCACACCAGCUGUGCGUGGAUGUGACAGCGAGUGGCUCCCUGACAGCCAUGCCCUGCACCCCUGGCGCCCUCAGCCAGCACUUCCAGUGGCUGUCUCAGGGCCAGCUGCUGAGCGUGGCCCACCAGCAGUGCGUAGCUGUGCCAAAGCGGCUCAGCCGGGUGGCCGUGCGCCUGGAGCCCUGCAAGGCGCACAGAGAGCUGCAGCACUGGGAGUGCCGGGCAAACGGGCUGCUGGCCCUCGCCAGGGAGAACCUCUACUUCAACUAUGGCAACAACCAGAAUCACGUGGUGAUGCUGUACUCAGGGGUUGGGCCCUGGAGCCGUUGGGUCAUCUAUGGGAGCCAUGAGGACCUCUGCUCCUGCUCCUGUCAUGUCUGCACCCCAUGUCGCAGGGGGUGGACUUUCUUCCAGGACAGUUGCUACUUCCACUCUCGCUCCCUGGGCACCUGGGAUGUUGCCAACCGCUCCUGUGCCUCUCUAGGUGCCCUGCUCCUCCAGGUGACCAGCCUUGCUGAGCAGGCUCACAUCAUGGCUUCCAUGAAAGCACCAUCCUCCUGGAUGGGCCUCACGGACCAGGCACUCGAGGGGGCUUGGAUGUGGGUGGACGGGACUCACUCAGCAGCCAAUGCCAGCUAUUGGCAGACAGGGGAGCCCAAUGGCAGGCAGAAGGAGAACUGUGCCUUGGUACGGCAGGAUGGGCACUGGUAUGACGCCCCAUGCACGGAGCAGCACCACUGGGUGUGUGAAGGGGAGCCCUGAGCCUGCUUGGACUAGCCACCGAGCAACCUGGCGAGGCCCUGGCCCUCCCUUUGCCCCUGCCCCACCUCUCUGCCCCGCCACUGUGACCAGGACCUCUUGAUGCCAACUAGCAGAAGGCACAGUGGUACUAGGGGUACAGAUCUCCUCUGAGUUCACUAAAAGAGGACAUGUGAUGUCUGUAAUGAAACCCUGUGUCAUUCCAGUACAGUUAAUCAUUGCAAGCUAUAUGGACUAGUGAUAUUUAAGGAGUUGUGUAUGUGCACAAAUAUUAUGUUCUUAAGGUCUGUGACUAGGUACUGGCCAUUAGCAAAGGGGAAAAGCAGGUUUUCUUUCAUGCAAGAAAUGUUGAUCUCUCUGCCUGUUUGCAUGUAAAUCAACUACUGUAUGGUUCACGAUGGGUAUCCACUCAGAAGUCUGAGCUGAAUGCUAAUGAAGAAUUGUGAAAUCUUCAAAGAGAGGAAAGUAACAGGAAGAAUUACACAGCAGGAGUGAUAAGAACAUAAGACCAACCAUACUGGGUCAGAUCAAUGGUGCAUCUAGCCUAGUAUCCCGUCUUCCGACUGUGGUCUAUGCCAGGUGCUUCAGAGGGAAUGAACAGAACAGGUAAUCAUCAAAUGAUCCAUCCGCUGUCUUCCACAACCAGCUUCUGGCAAACAGAGGCUAGGGACACUCAGAGCAUGGGGUUAUGUCCCUGCCCAUCCUGGCUAAUAGCCAUUGAUGGACCUAUCCUCCAUGAAAGUAUCUAGUUCUUUUUUGAACCUUGUUAUAGUUUUGGCUUUCACAACAUCCCCUGGCAAAGAGUUCCACAGGUUGACUAUGCAUUUUGUCUGUUUAAAAUCUGCUUCCUAUUAAUUUCAUUGUGUGACCUCCAGUCCUUGGUUCUCCUCAUUAUCCUGUUUAGGGGUAAGACAAGGAACUUUUGAAACUAUAUCAGGGGUGUGGAUUAGCCCCUGGUAUCCUUCAUUCUGUGAGGAUUAGCUGUCAGCAGGGGGCAGGGCAGGGCAGGGGAAGGGGUCUCAACCAAACUGGUUGAAAACACAAAGAACUUGGGGUAAGCUUGUAAGAGACAGGAGAAUGCCUUGAGAAUUAAGUUUAGGCCCCUGAUGGACUUCCCCGGAGUGCUGGUCAAGCACUCCCUGGCACAGUGGAAAUUUGGCGCCUGUGCAGCCUAGCACCCCAGAGCUGUACCGUCUUGCCCUAGUCAAAAGUCUGACCAGUGUAAGUUUAUCACCCAGUCCAGGUCGGAGAGGACAAUGCACAAGUUUUGUUUGUGAGCAGAUUCCCCAAGCACUCAAGCAAAACACACUGUUUUAGGUAAAAAAUAUAAAACAGAUUUAUGAACUACAGAAAGAUAGAUUUUAAAUGAUUAUAAGUAAUAGCGUACAGAUCAAAAUUGGUUACCUAAGAAAUAAACAAAAUCGUAAUCUAAAUUCUAUAGACAGGAUUUGAAAUAAGCAGUGUCUCACCCUGAUGGUGCAAACAGUCCACCAAUCUUCUAUACAUAGGCAGGGCUUUCUCCUUUCCCACCUGGGACCCCCUUUCCCAGUUCAGUCUUUUUAACUAAGGUGUUUCCAGGUGUUGAGUUGUAAGGGGAGUGAGUCCCCAUGAUGAUGUCACUUCCCCCUUUUAUAGCUUCUUCCACAUGCAGGGAACUUCAUUGUCCCAAACAAAGUCCCCAGUACAGUUUGUGGAAUAAUACAGGCACAAGAUGGAGUCCAAUAUCACAUUAUCUAGUCACAUGCCCUUGAAUGCUUCCAUGAGUCACAGCAGGCAACACCCAUGCAUUGGCUGAAGCAUCCACAGGAAAGCUCAUCAGGUGAGCAUAAGUUUUUCCCAUGGCCCAUUGUUUUAAUUGAUGGGCCAUUACCUUAAAUAGUUCAUUCACAAUGUGCUGGCUAGACUGGAUGUAAACUAACUUGUGGGAGUUACCCAGGAACAAGCACAUUUGAAAUACAGAUGCAUAGUCAAUAUUCAAAACUCCUGGUACAAAAAUGAUACAUGCAUACAAAUAGGAUAAUUAUAUUCAGCAAACCAUAACUUUUCCAUUGACACCUUACAUGGCAUAUUUUGUACAAGAUCUGUUGCAAUUAUAUAACACUGGUGAAUAUGGGGAUGCCAUGGUGUUACUUUGGAGUACAGAAUGUCACAAGGCCCUAGAGAGUGUGUUAUGAUUUUGGUUUACACUUAGCCAUUUGUUUUCCAGUAUUCUUAUGAUUUAGCACUCCAAUCUCUUUGCUUUGUUAAUAAACUUAUUUUUCUGUUUACUAUAAA